ACUUAGAGUUGCGACUCGUCGUGUCUAUUCCCUUCCGCCACUUCCAACCUCGUUCGUUUCUCCGCAAGGAAUUCAUCGCUCCGUUCCCUUUUUUUCCCCUAGCUAAGAAUUGGGACGCCAAUUUCCUUGGUCUUGAUUGACUCCGAUUCCAAGGCUUUCUCUAGGAGAUGGAGGGCGGAGGCAGCGGCGAAGCCUUCGGUUCCUCCACCGCCCCGCUCACCUGGCACGAUUUCUUGGAGCGGAUGCGCCACCCAUCGGCGGCAGAUUUCGUCAAAUCGAUCAAGAGCUUCAUUGUAUCCUUUUCAAAUCGAGCUCCUGAUCCAGAAAAAGACAGUGCUUCUGUACAGGAGUUCCUUUCCAACAUGGAAGAGGCCUUUAGGGCUCAUACACUUUGGGCUGGUAGUUCAGAAGAAGAACUGGAAAGUGCUGGGGAGGGUCUGGAGAAAUAUGUCAUGACAAAACUUUUUAAUCGAGUAUUUGCAUCAGUUCCAGAAGAUGUCAACAGUGACGGGGAGCUUUAUGAGAAGAUGGCUUUACUACAACAUUUUAUACGACCUGAAAAUCUGGACAUCAAACCAGCUUUCCAAAAUGAAACAUCAUGGCUGCUUGCUCAGAAGGAACUGCAAAAGAUUAAUAUGUACAAGGCUCCUAGAGACAAACUCGUUUGUAUACUCAAUUGUUGUAAAGUUAUAAAUAACUUACUAAUAAAUGCAUCAAUUGCAUCAAAUGAGAACCCUCCAGGAGCAGAUGAAUUCCUUCCUGUCCUUAUUUAUGUUACUAUAAAGGCAAACCCACCGCAGUUGCAUUCAAACUUGCUUUACAUUCAGCGUUAUAGGCGUCAAUCACGAUUAGUCUCUGAAGCUGCAUACUUCUUUACAAAUAUCCUAUCUGCAGAAUCUUUCAUUUGGAAUAUUGAUGCACAAGCAGUUUCAAUGGAAGAAAAGGAGUUUCUGAACAAAAUGGAAUCAGCCAGAGCCCAUCUAAUGGGCACAUCGACUAGUGGAGAAGAUCAGCAAACUGAAACGAAUCUGGAUGCCCUUGAACAAAGGUCGGGGGUACUAAAAGCUAACAGAGAACUGGACAACUCGGUGUCAGUUCAUGGGCACCAUGUUCCAAGCCAAUCAUAUGACGCCAACAAAGAUGUAAAUGAAAAGGCACUCACUAAUAUGUUAUCAAUUUCUGAUCUGGAAAAAAAAGGAGCUGCUGACCUUUUGGAGGAAAACACAAGCAAAUAUUUUCAGGAUUAUCCUUUCUUAUUUGCUAAUGCUGGUGAUCUAACCAUCCAGGAUGUUCACAGCCUUCUAAAUUGCUACAAGAAACUUGUUCUUAAGUAUGUUGCUCUUUCUAAAGGAAUGGGCAUUCAUAAGGAAUCUGUUCCACUAAGUACUGAAUCAUCAUCGGCACUGCAAACUGUCAAAGAACAUGAAUAUUUAGCAGAUUUAGAACUUAAGAAUGGCAAUGCUGAAGUUAGUAAGAAAAAUUCCUACUCCACUGUGGAUUUGAUUUUGCAAAUGGAUGAGAUGGAAUCCAAGAAAUCCAUAGAAGGGUCAAAUGCUGAAACAAAUGAAUAAAGUAAUCAGUGAAAAUCUUUAGUUUUUCUGGAUCGUUUACUUUGUGCGCUCAAGUCAGAAAUAUUCUCACUUUUUCUAUGAGCAAGCAUAGAGAGUUCCAUCUGUAUUGCAACUGUAGCUUAUUUUUAUCAUGGUGGAAGGGUUGAAGUUCUAAAUGGGAAAGGAAACUGAAUACUUGCAAGCUAGGAGGUCAAAUAUUUUCCCAGGCUCAUACUAUGAGUAAAAUUACAUUAAUCAUGUCUGUUGGCCAAAGGAUUUGUCGCUUUUACUUCAAAAUAGCAGACACUCAUUCAAAGUACUAGUUGGAUUGUGAUGCCUCAGUCCUUAUGGCAAAUACAACUGAAGCGCCCUUGAUUGUGAUCACUCUUCCUCAUGACUAGUGAAACUACAGUGCCCAAGGGUAAUGUGUUGUGUUAA